AAAGUAAAUGUUAGCCAAUGAACAAGCGUCUGAGCGCUUCAUCGGCCAAUCAAAAGCUUGAUGCCUGUCCGAGUAUGUUUCAGGGUGGCGUUGGGAGCCUCAUUUUCUUGAGCGGAGAAUACCGUGUAGUCGUUCAAGAUGCAGUUCAUGCUUCUAUUCAGUCGACAAGGCAAGCUCAGGCUUCAGAAAUGGUACGUGCCUUUAUCUGAUAAAGAGAAAAAGAAGAUCACCAGAGAGUUGGUGCAGACGGUUCUGGCUCGAAAGCCCAAAAUGUGCAGCUUUCUGGAGUGGAGAGACCUCAAGAUUGUAUAUAAGAGAUAUGCCAGCCUGUACUUCUGCUGUGCCAUAGAGGACCAGGACAACGAGCUCAUCACACUGGAGAUCAUCCACAGAUAUGUGGAGCUGCUGGACAAAUACUUUGGCAGUGUUUGUGAGCUGGACAUUAUUUUCAACUUUGAGAAGGCUUACUUCAUUCUGGAUGAAUUCUUGCUGGGUGGGGAAGCUCAGGAAACGUCCAAAAAGAAUGUAUUGAAGGCCAUUGAGCAGGCUGACUUGCUACAGGAGUUGAUGUGAGGGGAACUCAGGUUGCAGCCCAGAACAAAGCCUCAUUGUCUGCAUUGCUGAGACCACACACACACACACACACACACACCCCUGGCCUAGAUUAUCACAAUUAUGAUUCUGACUAAAAGAAUAUUCAGCAGUAUGCCGACAAACAUCCGUCACCACAGCUGUGUUUCUGCUUCAAUACACAUGAUGCUGUCUUUCACUUAAAUCCAUUAAUGUCAUAAAUCAAAAGCUUAAACGUAUCAUAAUUCAGAAAACUUGACUCUGUUACAGCAGAGCUUUUUAAUUUGUAUAGAUGCUACAAAACACACAGUUUUUUAAAGAGUGAUCUUGUGAAGGCAGUUUUUAAUGUUAAAUGCAUGUAAAUGAGGCUAAAAUGAACAGAACAGUAUUUGGCACUACACAGCAGUGUGGUAUAGACCCAGUCAGUGUCAGCAGGCUGAUCGGUGUGCUGAAUUUGUUUGCUCAACAUUUAGUAAGUUAGUGAGCCAAAAGGGCACUGCUAAUGAGUUCUGGGAAGCAAAAUCAGCCCACUGCUGACAAACCAUUAACACCCAGUGGAGAAGGGCAACGUGAACUGUAGAGAGCAAAACAAUACUGGAUUUUUGAGGGAUUUGUGAUAAAGAUGUGCACUAAGGCAGGAUGUUUUGAGGGUUUAAAAAUAACCAAAUAUGAGUAACAGUACCACCUGCGCAGCAGAAUAAACCUGAAAUAAGACUAUGGAUUUAAUGUAACUAAAAAUCUAUAAUUUUGCACAUUUUCUAACAUGUGCUGAGAUCAGUCAAUAUCGGCCAGUAAUAUCAGCCUGAUGUCAGGCUUUUGUGAAAACUCCAUGUAAGAAAAAUAAAUAAACAUACUUUAAAAAGCUUUUGGCAGUAUACCUCACUUUAUGCGUUUCUCUUUAUCCUGCUGGAUUAUAGAGAAUAUGACAUCACCUUAAUAUUUCACUCUAGUGGUGUUUUUAUUAUUGUGCCAUCAGUGUUUCAUUUUACAAGAACCACGCCUCAAGGCUAGUCAGUUUGUUUACAUUUUCAUAGUUCAUCAUUCAUCAUCUGUGCAGUACAAAUGGAUAAGAAGACAAACAUGAAAUGGAAAAAUAUAAACUUCACCCAAAAGUUUACAAACUCAAAUGACUUUGAAAUUUUACUCUUGUUACCAAACUGGGAAUACAAAGUAGCCUAAACUAAGUAAUGAAGUAAAGCAUUAGGAAAUUCAAAUGUGGUCCAUAACCAUCAGCUGUGAGGCAGCUGCUGCUGCUGAGCCAAGUCCAUAAUCUCUGAGGACAAACUGUGAAGCUGUUCAUUGAUUUACAGUCAGCAGGACCAUCAGGUAGCUGUGCUGUACAGAACAUACUGUACUGUGAUCCUAAAGGCUUAUGGUAAGUUCCUAAUGUAGGCCUUUUUCCUUUUAAGUGUAUGCAGUUAGGAAGUAAGUUGCCAUUUUAAACCAUUUAGUUGAUAUCCUCAUAUGGAAUGCCACUCCACGUUUACCCUGAGAGGGAGAGAGAAAGAGGUCUCUGAUUGGCUCAAUUCUGUAUUUGUAGAGCCAGAGUGAAGACUGGGGAAGUUUACCAAAUGAGGAGAUCUUGUAAUGGGCCUAGAGUCCAUCCAUGCCUCCACCCAGGCAACUGGUAACUACUAGACUGGUGCUGUCAGUCAGUCAGCAUGGGUUUCCAGUUCUGCCUGCUGUGGACUUCUACCUGCAUGUACUUCUCUCAGUAUGAGUGUCUCAUAACUCUGAGUGAAAAACACCUGACAAAGCGUACGAGUCAUAACAGGCAUGAACUCAAACUUGAAUGUUUCUAGCCUGUUGUUUGAAUGAAAAUGCUCAUUGAUGAUUCUGAUUAAUGAGUUUGUAUGUUUUUCUUUGAAAUGGUGGGAAUAAGAUUUCUGAUCAAUAACAACAGGUGUUGUACAUGGUGUUAUUUGAUCCAAAAUAACCAUUUUACACAACCAUCACCUUCUAAAAUGAAGAUAUUAAAGGACUAGCAGAGCGCUGUUCUACAUUUUUCUUUUUCUCAACAAAGCCCAUGAAAUUUUAAGGCUCAGUAAUUUCCAGCUGCUCACUUUUUAACAAAUGUUAUUCAAAAAAGUGUCAAUAAUGCACUUGUUGGGGACUAUUUUCAGUCGCGGCAGUAAGAUGGUGUAUGUGGGACUGUGUGUGUGUGUGUUCAUAAUGAACAGUGUGGCACACUGAUCUGUUUUUCCCCAGUCUUUGGCACAGAGGAAUAAGAUGUAUCAAGGUUUAGCCACACACACAGUACUUGGUAGUAGAGCUCGACCGGUACCAAUUUUGAUCUUUUAGGAUAAAAAAAAAAAUAUUCCUAUAUCUGGGCCAAUAUAAUUAUUUUUUCUUUGUCUACUAGUUAACUCAGUUUAGUGUUGGCUUUGGCCCUUUCAUGGGAUUUGUUGACAAAAAAACCCCAUAAAGAAUAUCAUCAGCCUGAAACAAGCACAUCAUCAUGGUCAUUUUGUAAUCAGGAGAGCAAUCAGAUCAAAUUCACUAACAUCUCUACUACUGGAGAUGCUGCAGAAAUUAUUUAUUACUUUAGCAAUCAAACUCCUUAUCGGUGUGAUUUAGUAAUCAGUCUAAUUAUUGUCCAAUGGUGAGGUGCAGAAUUUACUCCUGUUUUUUCACUUUUUCAACAAGUGGUGGAUAAGAUGUUUCUUUUAAUGGAUGGACAUACGGUAUGAGCAAACACUUAUCCUGAUUUUGAUGAUUAGAGACAAAAAUUCUUUCCAUCCUUUGAAACAAUUUAAACAUAAUGUACACGUAAGGUAAUAAAAAUAAUGCCAGGGUUGAGUUGGGGGCACUUUUGGAAUGAGUGCCUCUGGCUUUGAGGCAUUAGUAAGAGCGUAGUGCAGUAAUUACCUGGGAAACAUACCACUGGGGAUUUGGCUGAAGUUAUUUUGAUAAGCCUUUAAUGAAACAUUUCUCAGGAGCUGGCCAUUACCUUGGUGCCAGCAAGCAGAUCUUCUUUUGGAAUAAUGAUGCCUCAGAAGAUUUCCUGCUCAGCUCAACUCUGCAUGUGAGACAUCAGAGAUAAAUUAAGCAGAGAUGUCCCCGUGAAGAGGACAGUUUUAUUGAGGAGGUGCACAGUUAACCUCCUGCUCCCCGAGCACAUACUGUACAUGUGUAGAUGCUGUAGGUUCCUGAGAGUUUUUAAUCUUAAUCUGAGUUGUUUAUUUUUGUCCUUUAUGAAAUUGUUUGCCUAACAGGUGUGAUGGUCCCAAAUAUGGUCUCUGAGUCCUCUGGUCUUUUCCAGCAUUAGGCCCGCUGAGGUGAUUACUCUGUGUCUGUGGAUGUAGGCCGUGCAUACUUGCUAGAGCCUGCUAGUCAGAACUAGCCUCAGUCUUCUAACUGUGUAUAUAAGUCUGUCUGUAGCUCAGGUCCUUCUGGUUAAGACAGUGUUCCUGGUCUUGUGUCACUAGUUAGUUUCUCCACAGCCAAUAAUACAUGUUUGUAUUGAAAACAAAGUCUGUCUUAGUCUGUUUGUCUUUGUUUUCCAUGUAUGUGUAACAUUUCAUUGACACUGUCCCCUACCAAAUGUUUUAUGAUUGCAUUUCUGCAGUUUGGACAGGUGACACUUUGACUGUGUGCCCUUGGAUUAAAUGAGUAAGCAAUGAAAAUAAAACGGUACACAGUACAAGUGUUUUCAUAUCUGUUAGUUUCAAAUUGUUCAUAGCCUCUCACUCAAAAUGAAAUAUUUUGCUUUUUAGGGGAAUUUCAUAUAUUUUUGUCCUUAGGUAAGACAGACUUGUGGAUGCGUUUUUCCAAAGGUAUUCAGAAUAUGAGCAGAAUUAAACAAAGCUCACAGUUCUGCAGACCUUAAAAAUGAACAGACUUUUUUUUUUUUACUUUGGCAAAGUAGGAAUAUUCCCCAUCGCACUACCCCCGUUAAAAGGCAACUUAAAGGAAUAGUUUGACAUUUUGUGGAAAUUUUGUGGAAAUAUGCUUAUUCACAGAAUCUCUGUGUCGUUCCAGCACAAAUGAUCUUUUUUAUAUUUAUGUUUAUAGAUUUUAACAAACAGAGAUACAGAGUGUUAAUUAGUGAGCUUUAGAAGUGCUGAUAGGCGUUUGGACAGAGCCAGGCUAGCUCUUCUUCUCAUCAAAAUCUUGGCAAGGAAGCCAGUGAGUGUAUAUCUUAAAAGAAAUGAACUACUCCUAUAAUGGAUAAAGACAGUGAAGAGAGUAGUGCGUAUAGGUGGUAGCUCCAGCCUGCUGCACUGUCUUCUGCAUGUCCUGUGAGUGUCUGUAUGAGGUGGCUGUUAUGACUCACUGUUGUCUUGUUUUCUAAGCUGUGUGCAUUUCUCUC